AUGGCUUCCUCAAGCACCCAAAAACCCUCUUCUUCUUCAGCUCCAACCCCAAAAUGUAACUUCGAUGUUUUCUUGAGUUUUAGAGGGGAAGACACCCGCUACAAUUUUACGGAUCAUCUAUUCGUAAAUUUGGAUUGGAUGGGUAUUGGCACUUUUAGAGAUGAUAAGCUUGAAAGAGGAGAAGAAAUCGCACAAGAACUUUUGGGAACUAUUGAAGGAUCAAGAUUUUCCAUAAUUGUUUUCUCAGAAAAGUAUGCUCAUUCCAAAUGGUGUUUGGAUGAGUUUGCAAAGAUCAUGGAGUGCAGAAAAGAAAUGGAUCAAAUAGUCUUGCCAGUUUUCUACCAUGUGGAACCUUCUGAUGUGCGGAAAAAAACAGAGAGUUUCGAAGAUGCAUUUGCCGUUCAUGAAAAAAAUGUAGACAAGGAGACGGUACAAAGGUGGAGGGCUGCCAUGACUGAAGCAGGCAAUCUAGGAGGUUGGCAUGUGAAGGAUGGGUAUGAGUCAAAGUAUAUUGAGGAAAUUUUUGAAGUCAUCCGUAAAAGAUUGGGUCUUAAGCAAUUGCAUGUUGGCGAUGAUAUAUUACAUGACAUUUGUGUGGUUGGGAUCUAUGGAACAGGUGGAAUUGGUAAAACUACCAUUGCCAAGUUUGUUUAUAAUGAGAUUUAAUGUGAAUUCAAUGGUGCUAGCUUUCUUGAAAAUGUCAAAAAGAGUUUCAAAAAGGGUUGUCAACUUCAACUACAACAAUAACUUCUUCAUGAUAUAGUGGGGCAAAAAAUAGAGUUGAGUAAUAUCGAUGAUGGAAUCAAUAUAAUAAAGAAUAGACUUGGCUCAAAAAAGGUUCUUAUUGUUAUUGAUGAUGUGGAUCGUAGGGAGCAACUAGAGUCAUUAGUUGGAAGUAGGAAUUGGUUUGGUGCAGGAACUACAAUUAUUAUAACAACCAGAGACCAACAGUUGCUACGUUAUUAUGGAGCGGAUGUAACAUAUGAGGUGAAGAAGUUAGAUGAUGCGGAAGCUAUUCAACUCUUCAACAAGCAUGCCUUUGAACAAAAUUCUCCUAACAAAGAUUAUGUAACCCUCUCAAAUUGCAUGGCAGCUUAUGCUUAGGGCCUCCCUUUAGCCCUUAAAUUUUUGGGUGGUUCUCUUCGUGGCAUGACAAUAGAUGAAUGGAAAAGUGCAUUGGAUAAACUGAAAAACAAUCCUAAGAAGGAGAUUAAUGAUGUGCUUAGAAUAAGCUAUGAUAUGCUUGAUGGUUCGGAAAAGAAGGUUUUCCUUGACAUUGCAUGUUUUUUUGAAGGGGAAGACAAAGCUUUUGUGUCAAAAAUAUUGGAUGGCUGCAAUUUAUAUGCAACAUACAACAUAAGAGUUCUUUUUGAUAAAUGUCUAAUAACUAUUUCAUACAAUAUGAUACAAAUGCAUAACUUGAUACAACAAAUGGGUCGUGAAAAAUAUCCUGAAGACCCAAGCAAAUGGAGUAGGUUGUGGGACCCAAAUGAUAUUUAUGAUGCAUUUUAUGGGAAAAGCAUUUAUGGGUUGAAAUACCUCUUCGAGCUCUCUCUCAAUGGUUGUUCAAAUCUAGAGGCUUUUUCAGAGAUCAGGUUUGAUAUGGAACAUUUGUAUAACCUUCGUUUAAGUGGAAUGGUCAUAACAGAGCUGCCAUCAUCAAUUGAACGUCUGACAAAUCUUGCAGACUUGGAAUUGACCAAUUGUGAGAACCUUGUGACUCUUCCAAACAGCAUUGGUAAUUUGACAGGUCUUGUGACUCUUCGUGUUCGUAACUGUUCAAAGCUCCACAAAUUGCCUGACAAUUUGAGAAGCCUACAACAUUGCAAUCUGAUGGAAGGAGCAAUCCCCAAUGAUUUAUGGCGCCUAUCCUCACUAGAAUUUUUAGAUGUGAGCGAAAACCAUAUUCAUCGCAUACCUGCUGGCAGCAUUCAACUUUCUAACUUGACAGAACUUCACAUGAAUCAUUGCCUGAUGCUUGAAGAAAUUCACAAGCUUCCAUCAAGUCUAAGAGUCAUAGAAGCACAUGGUUGUCCAUGUCUGGAAACUUUAUUAAGUGAUCCAACACAUCUAUUCUGGUCAUAUCUUCUCAACUGCUUCAAAUCACAAACUGAGGCGAUAAAAACUCAUGCUGAUGCACUUGCCCUUUUGGGGAAGCCAAUUGAUGAUGAGGAUCUUAUUGAUCGGGUUCUUGAAGGACUAAGUGAUGAGUACAAAUCCGUCAUUGAUGCCAUUAAUGCUCGUGACACGUCAAUUUCUUUUGUUGAACUCCAUGAGAAACUUCUCAACAAAAACGUGAAGGAUCUAAACACAGGGGCAAUCCUUUUGAUGGGUGAACCUAAGGAUGGCGUAUAUGAGUGGCCAACUACAUUCCCUUCUGUUACCUCUUUACCUUUGCUUGCAUUUUCUAGUGUCAAACCACUUCAUCUGAGUGGCACUUUAGACUAG